AUGGCUCGACUUGUUCACUUUAUUUCUAUUUCUCUGGCUAUCAUAGGUCUCAGCUUAGUUGCUGCGGCUGAUGAUGAUAGUAGCAAAGGAGAUGGUGGAGAAAAACCAGAUGAUACUGCACAAUCCACAACCGCAAACCCAAGUAGCGAAGCCAACCCCAAAUCAGCUGCCGAUGGAGUCUCUUUCCAACCCAUCAACCUUUAUGGGAAAAUCAACCAAAGCAAAGAUUCCGAUGCUGGUCUCACCUGCACCAAGAUGAACGCUAAUUGUAAGGCUGAAUAUAAGCACUCUGAUGGCAAAAAAGAAGUACGAGAGCUCGACUGGACCAAUCAACUACAUGAUGAGACGUCAGCACCAGGUACUGGCCCUGCUUAA